AAUAUCUUGAAACUUACUUGUAGAAACACACCGCUAGUGAUGACCCUACCUCCUAGGAUAUUACAAUCUAGGUCCCUGACUUUUAAUAUUUUUGUCGACAGGUUCCGGAUUUUUUAAUACUUCUGCUUCACUUUUUUUUUUGGUCGAAUUACAUUGGUAAUCGUCUCGGCUAUAUCCUAUAUAUAUUAAUAACUCUUCUAGAGACAAGCAAUUAAAAUAUCCUACUGAGAGAGAGAAAAACAAUGGUGGAUCCUACUGAAACAGAAAUCGUUGAGGUCGACAACGUCUACGAAGAUACUAUUCUCGGUGAGAUCCAAACCGCUGGCGGGAAUGCUGUCACCGGCGCUGGCGAGAAUGCUGUCACCGGCGCUGGCGGGAAUGCUGUCACCGGCGCUGACGGGAAUGCUGUCACCGGCGCUGGCGAGAAUGCUGUCACCGACGCUGGCGAGAAUGCUGUCACCGGCGCUGGCGGGAAUGCUGUCACCGGCGCUGGCGGGAAUGCUGUCACCGGCGCUGACGAGAAUGCUGUCACCGGCACUGGCGAGAAUGCUGUCACCGACGCUGGCGAGAAUGCUGUCACCGGCGCUGGCGGGAAUGCUGUCACCGGCGCUGGCGAGAAUGCUGUCACCGACGCUGGCGAGAAUGCUGUCACCGGCGCUGGCGGGAAUGCUGUCACCGGCGCUGGCGGGAAUGCUGUCACCGGCGCUGGCGGGAAUGCUGUCACCGGCGCUGGCGGGAAUGCUGUUACCGGCGCUCAGGGCAUUUUCAGGACGUUCUUUACCUGGUUCGUGGGGCUUUUCCCCAGUGAUGCGCUCCCCAACGACUCCGAACAAGAAGCUCUCCUCAGCAGCUUGGUCGAUGGUGAACCAACUCUUCCUGUUGUUGCCGGCGGUGGAAACGGCGAUGUUGCUGGCGGUAGAAACGGAGGCGGUGCUGGCGGUGGAAACGGCGUUGGUGCUCCCGGCGGUGGAUGGUUUUGCCGAAUCUGGGGAUCCCUUCACCGUGAAGGUCCAAACGACAUUGAGGCCGGCUCUACUGCUCCUAAAGAUACCGCUCUUGUUGCUCCCCGCGGUGGGUGGUUUCGCCGGAUCUGGGGAUCCCCUCACCGUGAGGGUCCAAACGACACCGAGGCCGGCUCUACUGCUCUUGACGAUACCGCUCUUGUUGCUCCCCGUGGUGGGUGGUUUCGCCGGAUCUUGGGAUUCCGUCGUCACCGUGAAGGUCCAAACGACAUCGAGGCUGGCCCUGCUGCUCCUGAGGUUGUCGCUCCUGUUAGAGUUGUGAAAGACUUGUGGCUGGAAUUUGUAGGGGAGGCGAAUGGUUUUAUUAAAUGGGUGAUUACAUCGUGCUUCCUCUUCGUGCCGGUGAAUUAUCUACUAAAAGGAAGCAAUGAUGUUACUUCUACUCUCUCAACAUUGCAGUUGCAGCUACCAACAAUUUUCCUCCCCACGGUGUUCUCCUACGUCACAUGCAUAUUGGUAUCUAAGUUGUUCCAGUCAACAAAGAUAAAGACUGUGUUUCAAGGAUUUGGGAUUAUUAUGGGAGUGGUAGCUUGCGUGGAGGCUUUCUACUUUGUAGGUCAUGAAGCUCACAUAAGCGCUAUAAUUGUUAUGGUCGUGAUUAUCGUUGCUACUGUAAUCGCAAAGUGUUGCGAUGGAUGAUGACUUUUGUUAUAAGAAAUAGGAUACUACUCAAUUAAAAACAAUUAUAAUAAAUUUAAAAGCUGACCGCCAUUAGAAGAUAUAUAGUACUGUUUUCGGACAUCUGUAAGUAUAAUCUUCAAUAUUUAUAUUUAUUUAGACUAUUUUUUCUGUCGAGUGGCAUUGUAAAUCGAGUGUACCAAACAUAACAUGACAUAUUAGAGCGCAUAUUGGGUUGUUAGCAUAUACCCGUUUGAGCACCAACCAAUAACUUUGAAAUACCAAAUUUGUGAAUUUGCAUAAAACUUCAAUCUUUUCAUGCAGGAACAUUUUGUUUCUUUCCAUGUCCCCAUAGCCAUCACUUGGUUUACCUUACACGUCGUCCCCGGACCGGCUUGGGGAAAAUAUUUCCACUCGUUGGUUUACUCCCUUGUUUAGCCGAAAAACCAAAAAUCUUAUUCCCGGUCCGAGAGGUGUUCCACUCGUGGGAAGCAUGAGCCUACAUGCUUAAGGCCAAAUAUCAGAUUCGCAACUGUUUCAGGAUCAGGUGUAAAGUUGAGGGUUUGAAUUUUGGAUAAAAGGUUUAUGAAUAUUUUUCCAAAGAUAAUAAUUAAGAGCAUGCCCAUCAAAGUUUCAUGGGGGAAGCUCUCACACAUCCCAAAAAAAGAAAAUUAUAAUAAUAGAAUCUGAUGAACUCAUCUCGCAGGGGUGCCUCCGGAUGAACCCGUUUCAUCAUUUCGCGGGUUCCACGCAACGUGGCAGCCCGCUAUUGGUCCGCUGUUUUUUUUUAAAAAGUCAAACGGAAAAAAAAAAUUAAAGUUGUGAACCUCUUCCCUUUUUAAAAAAAAAAAUCAAACGAAAAAAUAAAAAAAAUUAAAGUUGUGAAACCCCCUUUUCAUUGAUGGGCAUGCUCUAUGGGCUAAAAGAAUUUAUGCUUAAGGGCCGAAUAUAUUCAGUUCUCUGAGCCUAAGGUCAAUCCAUGUGGCUCAUUAGCUCAUAACGGCUGUGGCUACGAUGAGUAACGCCAAACGGCUCAUGGUGUUUAAUCUCAGUGAUACUAAGGUGAUAGUGAUGUGUCAUCCUAAAGUGGCAAAGGAAAUACUGAACAGUUCGGUAUUUGCAGACCGGCCUGUCGACGAAACCGUUUACGGUUUGAUGUUUAACUGAAACAUGGGAUUUGUUCCAAUUGUCCAACCCGAAGCAAAUCAAACGCUUGGAGGAGCAGAGGCGAAUGGUCGUGACUCAGAUGGUGAAUGCCUUUACACUUAAUGUUGGAACCGUGUUUGAAGUGUGUGACUUACUCAAAACGGCGUCGCUAUGCAACAUGAUGGGUUUAGUUUCCGGGAAAGAGUAUGAAUUAGAGACUAAUAACACCGUCGAAUCGGAGUACUUGAAGGGUUUGGUUGAAGAAUGGUACGAUGCUGAAUUGGACCCGAUCAUAUUCCUUGAUUAGCUGGUCUGAUUUCCAGCAAAUCUGGUUUAGGUGUUCUCAGCUCGUACCGAAACUAAAUCAGUUAUUGAGUUAAAUCCUGGCACUAUAUGCUCAUGAUGAUUUAAAAGGUUCCUAUCUAACUAUUAAAUGAUUAGAUUCUUGCAAAUGUACUUUGUUAUACAAUAGAAACUCUAUAAACUAAUAUUAGCUAAACUAAUAAACAUAAUAAAUCAAUAAAUUUUGUAAGUUGGUUUAAAAUAUAACAUAAAUUGAUAAAAUAUAUAUUUAAUAAAACUAAAUUUAAAACGUAAUUUUAAAGCCUAUGAUACAUUUUUCAUAUACAUCUAAAACUAUAAUAAAAUUGUAUGAAAGUCAAAUUUAUAAAAUUUAAUAAAUAUAUAAACUGAUCAACUAUUAUUUUUAUUUUCCGAAAUUUAUAUUCUAAAAUAUUUUAAAAAAUAUUUCUAUAAGUUAAUAAAAUAACCAAUAUUAAUUUAUAGAGUGUUGUUAUAUAUUAACAUGAGGCCUGCUUCUAUCCUUCAUGCACUACAUAGAUGAUAUUUUUUUGAGAAUUCAAAGUAAAUAGUGCAGACACAUUCAUAGCUCAUUGGAGGCCUUGUAUGCAGAUUUUAAAACAUUAGUUUUAAAAGAUGAUAAAUACAUAUGUAUUUCAAUCGGGUUUGCUUACAUUAUUUUUUUCGAAUGAAAACUUCGGUUCUGAUUGUAAUAAAACAUACAGUACAUUAUUCCUAGUUUUAGUAUUUUGAGAAAGAGAAACAGGAGAGAAAGAAUCUCUUUAUAAAAAAAUCUAAUAAACCAAACGAAGAAGAAACUUUGGCAGCAGAUUUGAUCCUCUCCGUGUCCAGUUCAUCUUUCAGAUCCGACAAAGUUAGUUCCACAUUUUUCAU